UGAGUAGGACUUCCCUGGCAGAGGCUAUAUACGCGUGGCCGUGUGAGAGCAUUUCGAGAGGAAGAGUGGACUCUCCCCACUCUCGGCCGUACUAGGGCAUUUGGGGGCUUUUAGCUAAGCAGAAGGUAGUCUUUAGUGAUAAAAAGGAUCGUAAUAAAGGAUGAUAAAAUUACAAGAGGUAAUGAGUCUUAACAUAAAUAAUCAAGAGUUUCACGCUAAUUGCUUCUUACAGUAAGAGAGAAGAGUUAAGGCUUUCAUCACGAACUAGCAUCACCUACAAUACGAGGGUUGGGUUUACGAAGCUACAAAGUACUCAUCCUUUGCAUCUAUACGGGUAAAUGUAACUAUCUACGAGUCACUAUCUUAAAUGUAUUGGUUCACCACCAAAGUAUAGGGUGAAUUUUCCAUUAAAAAAACUAAUAAAGUCCCCUCCACCCUAUGAAUCGCUAAACUUUGUUCCUAGUCUCACGUCUUGUCAUGUUUCUUGAUUUCCAGAAUUUAUGUAGCGAAAUAUAGGUAAAUUUUGUUGAGGCAUAUCAUAGCUCACAAUAAGUAAAAGGUACUUGUUUCUGAUUUCGCUCUGAAAUCUAGUAGCCAGUAUCUUCUCAUUUUAUGCUGUAAAAUGUUAAACUGAUAUGAGUGCUGUUUUAUCAGUAUUUAAUUGGUCACAUGUGUGUGCCAACAAAUGAAACUUGUCUUAUCCUAUCUUUCCUGCCUAAUAAACAAGUCACUGGCUCGUCUUUACUCGUAGAAGAAGACUUAAAUAUGGUUCUCAAGGUAAUAUAAGCUAAUGCCUGUCACUGCAAACGAAGCAAUAAAACUGGUUAUGGGUAUUGUUUUUGGUGAUGAUAUAGUUCAUAUUAUUUUCUACAUUUUUUUUCUUAUAGAUAUGAACAAUAAUAGGAUAAUAGCUCAUACAUUCAUACUAUCAUCCGUUACAUCUCCAUGUAGGAAAUAUCUACUUUUUGGAACUAAUAUACAGAAAAUACUAAUUUAUUCGUUAUGUUCACUGUCCUGUGAUGCACAAAUUGAGGGGAAGCCAGAAUGUAUUAUCAACGUGAAGUACGCAGGGAAUAUUUACGCUUUAUGUUUCGGGAAGGAUUAUGUUUUUUGUGGGUCAAUUGGUCUGAUUGUUGUAUACAAAUGGACUACACCUACCGACGGCUUUCUGAAAUAUCAUGAUACAGUCCAUCUGACGUCCGGAAAUCUUUACGCAACCGUUUCUGAAGUUACCGGGUUGUGUUAUCAUACAGAAAGUGACACUCUAUUGGCCGCAUUAGGUGAUGGAACUAUCCAUACGUUUUUAAUUGGUUGUGAUGUCAAAGAAAAGCUCAAAUUUACUGGGCAUAAGUCCACGAUCUAUAAAAUUUGCAAGGUUGGAGCACACGAGUUUUCUACUAGUUCUGAGGAUGGUACUGUCUGCUUUUGGGAUAACAGAGUUAUACAGAAUGGGAGCUUUAAGGCUUCAUCUGCGUUCAAACCGUAUCUAAAUAGUGAAUUAUCUCGAUCCAAGCUUGGAUCUUGGUUAACUACUUUAUCCUGUAAACAGUUCGAAGAGGAUUGGUUUGUUACGGGAGGGGGGCCUCGACUUUCUUUAUGGAGUAGGCGUGCCGGGAGGAAUGUUUCUAUAUUACACCCUGAAGGUUUAUCAGACACUUGGUAUUCACAAACAGCCAUUUUUUGUGAUAUGGAUAAUGAUUCACGCAUUGUAUCCGGUGGUAAUUCAAGUUUAUUAUAUAUGUGGGAUCAUGUUGGCAAUUUGUUGGCUUCAGUGGAUUUACAUGAUCCACCUAACUUACGUUUAAGUCAUAUACUUGUUGUUGAUCAAUUUAAUCUAUCUGAAUCGGUAGAUUCUUUAAAAUUAAAAUAUCAUUCAAAUUGUGCAUUUUUUGUUGGUGGUUGCAGUCCAGUAAUACGAUUAAUUGCUAAUCUUGGUUAUCCUUUAGGCAUGUUACAUUACUCUAUUUGAAUUGUGUUCAAUCCUUGUAAAUAACAUUUAUAUUUUUUAUAAUAUAAAACAAAAGAAGUGUAUAUAAACUUCUACGAAAUAUAAAAUAUUCCCUGCAUAAAUCAUUGUGUUUUUUUUUUUAAAAAAGAAGACUUUAUCUCCCCUUAACCCCUUUAUUCCCCUUCUAUUCUGGUUUCUAUGCCAUUUUAGUUAUUUUUAUCAAUUUUCACCUU